AUGACCAACCAGAGUGUUUCGUUUCAAAAGUUGCCAAAAUUAUUUCUGCCGUCGUUCCACGGGGAUAUAGUAGAGUGGCAGACGUUCUGGGACAGUUUCGAAUGUUCUGUACACCAAAACCAGGCACUAUCAGACGUGCAGAAAUUUGCAUAUCUUCGUGCAUUAGUUCAUGGCGCAGCGAGUUCAUGUAUAGCGGGAUUCCAGUUAACAAACGUGAACUAUAUGAAAGCUAUCGAGCUACUAAAACAACGAUUCGGACAGCCAGAAAAGAUAGUAGAGGCGCUGAUGCAAUCGCUGAUCCAAUUAGAUCCACCAAAGAACACUCCUGAUAGUCUUCAAGCAUUUUAUGAUAGACUAGAGACCAGCAUAAGAGGAUUAGAAUCACUAGAAGAGUGCCAAGAGACAUAUGGGAAUCUGUUGGUGCCUAUCAUAAGAGACAAGUUACCGACCGCAGUACGUCAAAGUAUGGCACGUGAUCAUGGGACCAAUCGCUGGAAGCUUCCCGACCUAAGAUGUGCCAUCGAGAAAGAGAUUGCCAUCAUGCGAGAAGGCGACACACGGGAACUUCCGGUUUACGGCGCACAUAUGCCGACUGCGUCAUUCCAUACCGGAAGUAGAUGUCCGAGGAAAAAACUCAUGCCGUCAAGAUCAAACGAAGACAUUAAACAUCGGAAGGUGACCUGUCAUUUCUGCGAUGGAGAACAUUUUGCAACAAAUUGUAACAAGACAACCAACGACAGGGUUCAAAUUGUUAAACAGAAGAAAUUGUGUUUCAACUGUCUGUCAAACUCACACCAAGUAGCAUUGUGUAAAUCCCACAACAGAUGUCGCAACUGUCAGCGAAAACAUCAUACCGCCAUCUGUGAGCAGAGGAAUACGCACUCUUCCCUGAAUCCUGAUGCCUCUCCAUUCCAAGGCAGCGCUACGGCACAUACAAUUCUUCAUUCUUCCACACAGGCAAGAUCUAAUGUUCUCCUGAAGACCGCCGUUGGCAAAGUAAGUUCCGACAACUGUAUUAUUGAAGCAAAUAUCUUGUUCGAUGAAGGUGCUCAGAGAUCUUUUAUCACAGAGAAACUUGCGAAUGAAUUAAAUGUUAAAGAGACUGGUACAGAGACAAUCUACUUGGCAGCAUUUGGUCAUUCAUCUCAAAAUGUGCAGAUAAUGAAAACCGCCACAGUGCACGUUAUCACUGACUGGAAGGAACGGAUCCCGAUUGACGUCCUAAUUACGUCCACCAUAGCCGUCCCGCUUCAGAAUCUGCAGAAAAACAUCACGUCCCUAUCAUACCUACGAGGUUUAAAAUUAGCACACCCAGUUACUGCUCAUGAGACGUUUGAUAUUGCAAUGCUGAUUGGUGCAGAUGCUUACUGGAAGAUAGUUCAGAAUCACGUUGUUAGAGGCAACGGACCUACGGCAGUACAAUCAAAACUUGGGUAUCUUCUUUCUGGCCCGCUGCCAAAUACAAGCGCAGGGACAAUACACCAUAUGCUGAACGUUAUGACGUCACCUUUGAUCACCGUUGACAUCGAGCGAUUUCGGAAAUUAGAGUCCAUAGGCAACACGCCGGAAGUGGAGGUGACUUCCGGUCCGAAAGAACUUCAGACAUAUAUGGAUACCUGCAUAUAUUACAAGGAUAACCAAUACAGUGUUAAACUGCCAUUGAAAAAAGACCACCCACUUUUACCAACGAAUUACGAUGCAGCCGUCAGUCGUACGCAGAACAUUAUAAAUCGUCUACGAACAGACCCGUACAUGUUCCAGAAAUACGACGAUAUUAUAAAUGAACAGCGAGAACGUGGAUUUAUAGAAGCCGUUGACUACCAUACGUUAUCGACUGUGAUCACUGAAAUAGAAGCUGUUAUAGAUGAUCGACCUCUGACCUACAUCAGUACCGCGCAGAGUGACUUGCAGCCGCUGACACCUUAUCAUCUUGUUUCCGGUCGCCGAAUCACAGUGCUACCCUUCAGCCGUGACGUGGAUUUGGAUUCUCAAAAUAUCGUCACCAGAGAGAAUAUUUCCAAACGAGCGCGAAUGCAGCAAAAACUCAUCGACGAUUUCCGCUGCAGAUGGAGAAGAGAAUACCUCACAGCUUUACGCGAAAACCAGCGGAUUUCCGGGCGUAAUGAACAGACGAUUAAAGUCGGCGACAUCGUCAUGGUACACGAUGAAGGUCCACGGUCACGAUGGAAAUUGGCAAGGGUCGAGGCGCUCAUCCAAGGCAACGAUGGACGAGUACGAGCCGCAAACAUUCGGACAGACGGGGGAAUUACGAAUCGCCCAAUUACCAAACUAUAUCCAUUGGAGGUCGGAGACGUAACAGUGUCAUAA